AUGCAUCAUGAUUGCUCACCACCUAUUGUGCACCGAGACAUAACAAGCAGCAACAUUUUGGUGCAUUAUGACUACGAGCCUUGUGUUUCGGACUUUGGAACUGCUAAGCUUUUGAAUCCAGACUCGUCGAAUUGGACUGCUCAUGCUGGCACAUAUGGAUAUGUAGCACCAGAGUUGGCUUACACAAUGAAGGUAACUGAGAAAUGUGAUGUUUAUAGCUUUGGAGUGCUGGCACUGGAAGUGAUUAUGGGAAAGAAGCUAGGCGAUUUCGUCUCCUCAUUUUCGUUUCCAUCCACCACCUAUGCAAACAUAUUGCUCAUGGAUGCGUUGGACCAACGCCUUCCUCCUCCUACACCUCAACUUCAAGAUGAACUCAUAACCAUUGCAAGGCUAUCAGUUGCAUGCAGACAUUCCCAUCCACAAUCGAGGCCAACAAUGCUCAUGGUUUCUCAGAUGUUAUCGUUCCAAACUGCUUCUUCCUAUGGAGUACUAGACGAUAUUACACUUGAACAACUCAUUACGAUCUGA